AAGUCACAUCCUCGCUAUCAGUAUACACAACACAUUAGCGACGGUUGCAGUAAAAAUAUGAUAUUUGGAAGCUACAUCUACAAAAUAUAGCAUCAAGAUGCGUAAAAAGCUGUAUAUAUAUCUUCUCUUUCUAUUAAUUAUAUCGACAAAUAUUGUUUUUGGUAAUGGUUCUAAUAAGGCAAAGAUAGCAAAACUCAGCCAAGCCAAACACAACAACGUCCGACUAAAUGACCGCAUGAAAAGGUCACUUUACGAUGAGGAUGAAAGGAAUGCAAAGAAAUUGAAUGGAGGACAGAAAUAUUACAAUAACUACAAACUAGCAGAAGAUUAUGAAAAUAAACUCAUGAAAGAAUCUCCAUUUUGGAAGAAUAGAGGUAAGCGUUACGCUCCUACUCAAGAUAAAAUAUAUGACAUUGAAAAUCCAAUUCCAGAUUUCAGCAGUCAUCCUGCCUUUCCUAACAAAUACUGUAAAACUUGUUUUACAUCUAAUGAUAGAUAUGAUGAAGUAAAUGAAAAUGUAAAGUAUAGAAGAGAAGAUAUAGAAGAACCGUUUUGGGGAAACCGUGGUAGGCGUAGUAACGAAGAAAGUGAAGAUUUGUCUCCGGGUCCCUUCUGGGGAAACAGAGGUAAGAAACAAGACGAUGAGCCAUUUUGGGGUACCAGAGGUCGACGACAGGAUGAAUCUCCAUUUUGGGGCAAUAGAGGCAGACGAGACGAUGAACCAUUCUGGGGUAAUAGAGGUAGACGUCAAGAUACUCCUUUUUGGGGAAAUCGUGGAAGAAGAGACACGACGGAGCCGUUCUGGGCUAAUCGGGGUAGAAGAGAAGAAAGUGAGCCGUUUUGGGGUAACAGAGGUCGUAGAAAAGAUUCUGAACCAUUUUGGGGCAAUCGAGGAAGAAGACAAGAAUCGGAACCAUUUUGGGGUAACCGUGGCAGGAGAGUUUCUGACACUUUUUGGGGUAAUCAUGGUCGAGGAAAACAGGAAAUAGAAGAAUCUCUUUUGGAUGCUAUGGAAGAUGUACAAGGAAAUAUAGAAAAUCUAUCGAGAUUAAAAAGUAGUAAUUCACAACCUUCAUUUUGGGCUAAUAGAUCACGAGAUAGUAGGUUGAAAAAUAUGUAUAGUGAAACUGUUAGUGCUCGACUACCACAUUUACCGAAUAUGUACAAUACUAGGCCCACAAUUGACUUGAAAGGAUCCGCACCUGGUACAGUGCAUGAUAACCAAAUGUAUGCAGAAGAACCACAUUAUAUUAUAGUUGAGAGAAGUAGUCGUUCUUCUACAGAGGACGAUCCCUACUUUAUUUCAAGGGGUAAAAAAUAUUCUACUAAAUAUGAUCUAUCCCAAACAGAAAGAGAUAGACGUGGUGCUAUCGAGGAAAUAGUUAAAUCAGUACGAAAUGACCCGUACUACAUAGCCAGAGGUAAAAAGGAUUUAGAAAAUAUUAAAGGCAGUAACUCGACUGAUUUGCAUGACAAAUUCCAAAAAGCCAAGGAACUUAUCUGUUCUACUAUUGAAUUAAUAUCGAUAAAAAAUGGCGGCAAUAAAACAAAAAGGGAAUUGGAUGAUAACGACAGAGACAGGCGCACAAUAUUAAAGAAAUUGGCAGCUCAGCUACAGAUUGAUCCAUAUUAUGUGAGCAGAGGGAAAAAAUCAGAGGAAACGAACACCGAUGAUCACUUGGAGGAUUUUAUCAAUGAAAUUAAUAUAAAAUGCAAUUAGCUUCCCAAAGAGUCAACAUAAGUCUACCACCAAUAUUUAAUCGAUUUUAAAUAUAAAGAGAAUAAUUAUUUAUAUUGUUAUGUCCUAAUUAAAUAGAAAUAGAUUAUAAUGUUUAUAUGUGAAAAAAUUAAAUAAAGUAACAAUUUAUCGAUUGCAUUUUUCUUGUCCAACUUAUAUUGUAGACUAGCUUUUUAAAUGCUACUUCGUACGCGUGGGUUUCAGAAAUAGGAAAACCAAUGAAAUAAAUAGAAAUCCAAAAACUAUUGUUUCGAAACUAUUACUAUUAAGUCAUUCAUAUAUUUUUUUCUUAAAUGUCUCC